AUGUCUGAAUUUGCUGAGAGACUGAAUUGCUUAUUCGAUCUAACGCAUAAAAUUUACAACCCACUGAAUAAAUCGGUAACUACUGACCCACUUCCAAACUCAGGGCAAAGUUUGAUAAACAAAAAAGACACUAACUCUGGGUAUUGCGAUCUUUCUGCUGACCUUGAGGGCGUUAAGUUAGAUGUUGUAAUAAUCGAAUCUAGAUUUUCGAACAGCAUUUCGGCAAAUCAAAACGAGAUUGGUAAAAUAAAUAAAGAGAUUAAUCACUUUCGUGAUCAAUUGUUCAUUAUGCAAAAGGAGCAGCAAAAGACUUCUAUAGAAAUUACUAAUCAUGAUGCAGUAAUUAAUGAAUUAUCCUCUCAAGCGUGUUCUUCACAGGACAUUGCACUCGAGUAUAAUUAUCAAUCUGGUAAUGCGUCAAAUUAUGAUGCCGGUAAUGAGGAAAACGAAAGCGGUAAUUCUAUGGUAGCUAAUGUAGAAUCCAGUCAAGAGGAAAAUGCAAAUUUAAACGCCUCAAUGCAGUCGAAUAAAAGUUCUGAGAGAGAAAUUUCUAUAGUUUUGAGUAAUGAUGGUCAUAAUCCCGGCCUUGAUGCUCCUACUCAGCUUGUAAAGCCAAAUGAGAUCACAUCGCAAAUUGCAACCCAAGAGCAAUGUUUAAAUGAUGCGAAAUUGAACACUAUUAGUGUGGGCGAGAAUAAUUCCGUUUCUGAGAGCCCAGCACAAAUCCAAUUACAUAUUUCAAAUAUCUCGAAUAAAGCUCGUUACGCAAAUAAGAGAAAGGAUUGUAAUGGCAACACACUAUAUUCAUUAACCCAGACAAAGUCCUCCGAUAGCACACAUAGCCAAUUAAAUGAUAAGCAAGAUGGAUAUAUACGACAACGCUUUUAUCAGAAUAAUAACGCAAACCAGUCCAAUUAUAAUAAUAAUCAGCAACAACCCAUUCCCACCCGUAUUGCUACAAGGAAACGAGUAAAAAACGUGGGUAGAAAAUCCAAUUUAAAACGAAAUGAGUGCAAAAAUAUUUGUACUGAUUAUUGUAAGAGUAAUAUUUCAAAACCCUACGAACAGUCGAAAAUUCGAAAUGGGAAUAAUGGAAGAAAUAACCAGGAUUUUCGUACGGAAUCAUGGGGAAGAGACAAAAUAGGGUGGUUCCAAUUUUAUUAUUAGGAAAUCAUGUAAUGAGUGCUGAAAAAGAUGCAAAUAGUCCCUCGAGAGAUACUAAGAAUACGGAACGAACUCGAUCUGUAAAUUUUAAUAAUUUAAUUUAUGUCAAUUGUACAAGGGAACAGAAGACUUAUUUUAUGCCUAUCAACUUUUGCCUGUUGAACACCAGAUCAAUAAAUAGGAAAGAACUUUUUAUUAAUGAUUAUGUGUCUGAGAACGAUAUUGAUAUUCUAGCAGUGACUGAGACAUGGUUACGUGAGGAUGAUAAUGAAUUUUCUACUGCUGAAAUCUGCCCAACGGGGUAUCACUUUUAUCACAUUACAAGGAAAAAUGCACGAGGUGGAGGAGUUGGUCUCUUACUGAAGAAAUAUAUUAAAGUCAAAAAACAAUCUCAGAGAAAAUUCUCUUCUUUUGAAUAUAUUGAUGUCACCUUGAACUGCCGUAAUACCUACACCAGAAUGAUUGUCAUUUAUAGACCACCCCCAUCGAAGACUAAUAAAUUAAGCAGCUCAAUAUUUUUUGAAGAAUUCUGCAUAUUUGUGGAACAGUUGAUCAUAUUACCUGGCAAUAUAUUAAUGGCAGGAGACUUUAAUUUUCAUAUAGACAACAUUGGAGAUUCAGAUACUAUUAAAUUCAACAAGAUACUGGAAUCGUUUAAUUUACAACAGCACGUCAAUGGGCCAACCCACAAGAAAGGCCACACCUUAGACUUGAUUAUAACAAGGAAUGAAGAUAAAUUAGUGACUGGUAUCAGAAUACAUGAUCCAGUAAUAUCAGAUCAUCUUGCCAUACAUUGUACAUUACAGUUAGAGAAACCACCAUUAGAACAAGCUGAAAUUUAUUAUCGAAAAUUAAACAAUGUAAACAUGGAUAGUUUCAAUGAAGAUCUAAAAGUACUAGAUUUAAAUGACGAUUAUGAUCUUUCAGUCCUUAUUGAUAAAUAUGAAAAUACGUUGAAAGAAACAUUACAGCAGCAUGCUCCACAAAAACGACGAAUUAUAACUCUUCGUCCUUUAUCACCAUGGUACAAUGAGGAGAUUGGUCAAGAAAAAAGAAAUCGCAGGAAACUAGAGCGCCGCUGGCGCGCAUCUGGACUAUGUAUUGACAGACAGUUAUAUGUCAAACAAUGUGAGACAGUGAAUGCCAUGAUAAAGAAUGCUAAGACAACAUACUACUCAUCGGUUAUUUCCAGUAAUGCACAUAAUCAGAAAGUGUUAUUUAGUACGGUUGAUAAAUUACUCCAUCGAAAGCCAGAAAAGCGCUAUCCAACUGCGUCAUCAACGACUGAACUUGUGAAUAAAUUUUCAGAUUUCUUCAAUAAUAAGAUUGCUAUUAUAUGGAAAGAACUAGCCAUCGAUUCUUCCCACUGUAAUCAGCGAAAUCAAGAGGAACAAUAUGCACAAUGCGUUAAAUUCAUUAACUUUCAAGAAGUCACGGAACAUGAGAUUGAAAAUGUUAUUGACAAAGUUGGUAAAAAAUCUUGUGAACUUGAUCCAGUGCCCGCAAAAAUCUUUCAAGGUUGUCAGAAGACUCUCUUACCUAUAAUUACUAAGAUCAGUAAUGAGUCACUUCAGUCAGGUUGUAUGCCUGAGAUACUAAAAGAAGCCGUGUUGAAACCAAAACUAAAGAAAGAUUCGCUGGAUUACGAAGAAUACACAAAUUUCCGACCUAUUUCAAAUUUAAAAUUCCUGUCUAAAGUAAUUGAGAAGGUUGCUGCCGGUCAGCUUCUGGAACACUUGGCUAAUAACAAAUUAGAAGAACCCUUCCAGUCGGCAUAUAAACGUUUUCAUAGUGCAGAAACAACCCUAUUAAAAGUACAAAACGAUAUUCUUGUAGCCAUUGAUAAUCGUAAGUGUGUGGUGUUGCUAUUACUAGAUAUGUCAGCAGCAUUCGAUACUGUUGAUCACGAACUUUUACUACAACGAAUGUUCAAAAGAUUUGGGAUAGAUGGGCAAGUGUUGAGAUGGUUUCAGUCCUAUCUUCAGAAUAG